ACUUUGUCAACCUGUCACAUAUCGCAAUCCAUUUUCGUUUGCCACCAUUUUCCUUGUCCCUUACUUUUUCUCCCAACUCUUAACACACAAACUCCAUUUUCCGCCACCGAAAUGCCGUCGCUUCCCGGAGAGCUCGUCUGCGUCACCGGCGCCGGAGGUUUCCUCGCCUCGUGGCUCGUCAAACUUCUCCUCGAGAGGGGCUACAGGGUCAGAGGCACCGUCCGAAAUCCAGAUGAUCCGAAAAACUCUCAUUUGAGAGAGCUCGACGGCGCCGCGGAGAGAUUGACUCUGUGCAGGGCUGAUCUUAACGAUUACGAGAGUUUGCGGGAAGCCAUUGACGGUUGCAAUGGUGUUUUCCACACUGCCUCUCCAGUUACUGAUGAUCCAGAGCAAAUGGUGGAGCCCGCGGUGAACGGGACCAAAUAUGUGAUCCGUGCGGCUGCAGAAGCCAAAGUCCGCCGUGUGGUGUUUACCUCGUCGAUUGGUGCGGUUUAUAUGGAUCCAAACAGAGACCCAGAGAAAGUCGUGGACGAGACUUGCUGGAGUGACCUUGAAUUUUGCAAAAAUACCAAGAACUGGUAUUGCUAUGGCAAAGCGGUGGCAGAGCAAGCGGCAUGGGACACUGCUAAGGAGCUUGGGGUCGACCUUGUAGUAAUCAACCCAGUCCUUACACUCGGUCCCAUGCUUCAGCAGACUGUGAAUGCCAGUGUUCUUCACAUACUCAAGUACUUAACAGGGUCUGCAAAAACCUACGCCAACUCCAUUCAGGCCUACGUGCACGUCAAGGAUGUGGCCUUGGCCCACCUACUCUUGUUCCAAACACCGGAAGCUUCCGGAAGGUACUUAUGUGCCGAGAGUGUGCUCCACCGUGGUGACGUGGUCGAGAUUCUCGCCAACUUAUUCCCGGACUAUCCUAUCCCUACCAAGUGCUCAGAUGAGAAGAACCCAAGAAAAAAACCAUACAAAUUUUCAAACCAAAGGCUCGUUGACUUGGGCAUGGAGUUCACGCCGGUUAAGCAGUGUUUAUAUGAUACAGUCAAAAGCCUUCAGGAAAAGGGCCACCUUCCUAUCCCAAAUCAGGACAAUGAGCCCAUUUGUAAUCAGUCUUAGUGCCUUACAUAAUAUUUAGAUCUGCUUACCAUGUUAUCUGCAGUCUAUAGUGUAGAAAAGUUGGCACAAUUAUGUAUCAUCACCCCUUUGCACAAGAAUAAUCGUUAAUGGAAUUAAUAUAUGUUCUUCAAAGGUGCUAAUGCUGUUAAUAUGUGGAGCCAAUUGAAUACAUGGCUCUACUGCGUAAAGCACUUUGAUUGACUUGUAAAGUCAACGUGGGAUUCAUGUGUUGGUGAAUGUUUUUUGCCGAUUAUGUUUGUAAAAUAA